CGUGUCUCACAUCUCUCGCCUCCCCCAAGCCAAUUCUCCACUGACAUUGGAUUCCCUCUUUCCCACAUAUUCAUCACUCAUUGCGCAACAAUCGAGACUCAAAACACGAACAAUAAACAGCUGAUUAAUUGACAUCGACGCUAAAUAUUCGAAAUAUAAUAAAAACAAAAGUGAUUUCGUUAUAUCUUAUGUCGCAUAUUGUGAUAAUGAGUCUUACAAUAAAUUCUUCGUGUGCUGUGGAGAGCAUUGGGAAAUAUUUCUCUCCGUUUCGAAAUCCACAAGAAAGUCAGGAAAAAUCGGGGUCUACGUUAUUUCCAGCGGAUGAGUGCUUCCAUUUUGCGUUGAAUUAAACUCCGCGUCGCGCGACGUUGCCACAACCUGGGGCAGCGCGUUCCUCCAGUCUAGAGUGUACUCGGCAACCCUGGAGACUAGGUACAUCGCGUUCGGGCACACGCGGAGGAUUUCAUACGUCAAUUCGAUUGUAUCCGUCGGUUUUCAUCCGUCUAACGAAUUAUCCGCGGGGAAAUUUGUGUAGAAAUUCGAAGGAUCCGGUCACACGCUCAAAUCAACCGCUCGGCAAUCAGAGAUUGCAGCCAUCAGGGAUUGCGCAUCGAGAAGCCGAAUAUCUUGCGGAAAAAAAAAAUGAAAGCAGAAUUGGAUAAAAGUGUUGGCGUGUCAUCCAUCCCCCCAGUGUCCCCCUCUCGCGCGGGUGAAUCAUCUUGUCGAUGGUAAUCCAGUCCGGCACGCGUCUCCCCGAUGCCCAGUGUCUCGUAACGGCAGCUCACUUUGCUCUCACCUCUCUCUCUCUCUCUCUCUCUCUUUCUGAGAUCCCUCUCUUCAUUAUUGUAUUAUCCCUCCAUAGCGUGCAGUUGUGUCUCAAGUGAUCGUACGGAGAGUUCCUCGGGGCCUAUACACACGCCUUUGGCUGCACUUUUGCCUAUAUAUCCCACCUCGUGGAGUAGGGGAAAAAAGGCGAUGUGAUGUGAUGGCGGGUUUGUAGUGGGGGUAAACGACUCGUGCAUGAUAUACCCGGUGGAGGGAUGCCGUGUUUGGUGGUAAGGGUGGUGGAGGUGGGGGAAAUAUUCUCUAGGCGAGAGCCACCAGGCCACUGCCACCAGGUAAGCCGAGUGAGUUAAACACUAGUGGGGCUGACUCGCGCGGUGCGGCUCACAGUUUCGGAGAACAUUUCGGACGUGAUUCAAUUAACGCAAAAAAAAAAUAUUAUUAUUAUUAUAGUGAAUUUUGGUUACCAUUUUUGCAUUGUGAAUGUGCGGAGAAAAGAGGAGUGGUGAAGACCCUUGGAGUCCCUGACGAGUUGCGGAUCAAAGAGACGGAAAGGCGGAAGGGCGGAAGGUGCUGAGGGUGCGGAGGGGGUGAUACGGUGGAAAAUACACCGGAAAAUUGGAGGGACUUGACGGAGUAUUUAUCGGUCUCUGGGGGUAAUUGUGCCUGGAGGAUUUUCCCUUGUUCGAUUGGUGUGAAGAUGAGACUGGCGGUGUUCCAGAUACCGCGGUUGUACCGCACAGGAACCAGGAAGACAAUCACGUGUAACGAUUGAGGGGAAAAUCGGUAGUUCGAGGUCGAUAGGAGAUCGACCUCGUGUGUUAUCGGGUGAUAAGCCCCCCGAAUGAUUUGUAAAUCACUAUUGGAAUAUUUUUAGCUGGUUAUUGCCGAUCGUGACACACGUGUAGGUGGAAUGUUUUUUUUUUUCUUCCACUAUCUGGUAAAUGGGGGGAAAAGUAUUGUUGAUGAAUUGAUCAAUCAUUAAACUCAAUGACAACGCGAUAUGAGGUACUGUCGUGCGGUAUUAUUUACACGAGUUUGAGAAUAAGUAAUCACGAGUGAUAGAACAGAUGUUAUUGACGUGAAGAUACAUGUUGAGUGGUCUUUUUUUUUAUCUUGUGGUGAUUUGAGGUAUUGGAGUGAACAGUGGAAGCGGCGGCGAUUACUCCAUUCCAGUGGAUUGCUCUUGUUUUUUUUUUUUCCAAUUUAUUUUAAUCGUUAGGUGAGGUGCAAGGAGCAUUAUUGUUGCCAAAGACGAGUUGUCUAGGUGGCUGUGAGGUUUUUUCGUAAGCAGACACGAAGGCCAGCCCGACGCAAUGCGUCGACGCUGCUGACGCAACGCGCCUGGAUGCGUCUCACUCUAAGCACGUUACCACAGCUUGCCGUCUUAGCGAAGAUUUUGUGCCUCCUGAUGGUAGUGAUGUGCGGGGCAGUACCGGCAAUGGUGCGCUCCGUGAGUCUCUACUCGACUUGCAGCAGCGGCAAUAUUACCGUAUUGGGCCGCGACGUCAAGGCCAUGGCUCGGGAUGAAUCCAACGCACCUUAUCAGAAACUAUCGACACAGUCCGACGACUUCAGUAAGAAGUUGUACAUAUAUGCUGAGAAAUCGCAACGGUAUAUUUGUUUUAAUAAACGAUGGAAAUUAGUUGCACUGCCAAAAAAGCAGAGGGACGCGAUGUGUCAGUUCUACGAGUCAUACCACGGCUCCUACCUGAGGUACAACAGCGCGGUGGAUUCGACGAAAUACCUCGGCUUCAACAAAUUUGGCAAACCGAUAAAAGGCCAACGAGUUAGACAACAAUGUUUCAACUUCAUGAAAUACAAUCCAAGUUUCAGUAUUUCUGCGCACAAUGAGCUCAUGAACAAAGGCUCGAGCGAUCACACAACAACCAUCACCAAGAAGCAUCAUCAGAGUCAUCAUCCAAGUCAGAGCCGAUCACCAGGUCACAGAGCCAAGAAGAAUUCGAUUCAGGGUGAUCUUACGAGAGAAACCACUACCCAUCGUCACCGGCACUCAAAUCGUCUAAAACAGCACGACGAAUUUCCUAUUCCCCGGAGACGACACCAGAGCCGCCUUCUGGCCCCCAAAUACUGAGCUGAAUCUACUUGAUGAAGAAAUUCAAUUCCUUCAAUUCAGUUUUUUCGAUAUUAUUUUUGGCUCGAUGAUCAAGACUGUCUCACUACCGUGAGGAAAUAAACAAAAUAUUCAGAGUUGUUCCAAAAAGGAAUGGCUUGAGUAGCGCCCACGUCAAGGCGCUAGACCAACCCCCCCAACACCCCCCAACACCCCCUCACACCCCCUUACCACAAUCUCCUAUUAAUUUUGAGAGUCGUGAAUUUUUAAUCCAAGAUGAUGACAUAUACCCCCCUGGAGGGGAUCACAGGGCCCUCGUAUGCGCAGCAAACCCCCCCUAUCCUCCCCCUUUCCUCCCAACCCACCAUUUGAUGGGACAGAAUGGGCGCCAUUGCCCUCCCGCCCCCCUACCCCCAAAUAAAUCUCGAUCGCGUCUAUUUAAUGCGGAAAAACAAGUAGAGAAAAUAAUAAUUCGCCUGCGCAAUACCGCCUACUUAGUCUAUGUACGUUCCAUAUGUGUUUGAGAGCUCGUCCAAUGUAUGUGCGCGCUCAAUUCCCCGGGGAGGGGGGUGUGGUGUGAGGGCGGGAAAAGUCCAUGGAUUCGAGAAAUGUUUUUCCUAUUUAUUAAAUUCUCAGAUCAAACUUUCUCGACUAUUCGUUCGACACACGCUUGACCCGUGGCUCAUUAUUUCCCGUGUCUCUCCCCCUCUCCCGAGGUGCGCUAAAGUAUUUUUUAAUUUUUCUAUUGGUGAAAAAGGUACGAACAAUCCUUGUGGUAUGUGAAAUCGAUGAUAGACUGGACGUCAGGUAAUUAUUCAUCGUUUGAGAGAGAAAAUUGUGAGGUGCGAGUGUAUGAAUAUAUUGUAUGGGUGAGAGUAUUUGGCUGAGUGUGAUGAGCUUUUUCGUGUGUGCGCGAGUGUGUGUAAUAUAAAUGAAAAUGAUACAAUAAUGUUAGAGGGAAUUUAAUCCUUAGGAUGCUAUUGCAGACUGUAUUAUUAGGUUAGGCACAAUACGGAUUAUGACGCUGUGGCGACUCGGCGAAGAGAAAUAACGAUUGUUCUGAUGGAUAUCACCAGAGUUGGAGGACUAGGUGAAUAGUCAACGUGAAAUUUCAAUUUCAAUGAUUCUCUGGGAAAUGGUUAAGGCGUUAGCCUCAGCUCUGGCAAUGACAUUGAAUUUUAUGACUCGCCAGUGUCGUCUGCAGAGAAUUUGUAAUUUUGAUCAAUCACCUGGAGAAAAACUUGUUCAAUGCCAGAAAAUGGAAAAUUAAAUCUUGAAUGCUGAUCCUUUUUUUCUCACAUUCAUAGACAUUUUUCUUCAAAUGUGUGAUUAACCUCCCCCGAUGGAAUCCAAAUACACAGUGCCAUGGAUAGAAAAUUGUAUAAAUUUUGAGUUUAAUAUGAAAAAUAAAAUGUCGGUAUGCACACCGGACCACUGCCAGGGCCCAUUUCUUUUCGCAGGGUCGCCAACCUCGAGAAGCGCCUGCCCCCUUCCAAAAUAAGAGAUUUAAUGAAUUGAGUAAAUCGACGACAAUUCGCUUGUUAGGUAGCUUAUUUAUUGAAAUCAUGUUUAGAUAUUACGCGAGAGGAACAAAAAUAAAUUAAUGAUCCUUCCUUUAUCCUCGUACUUUUGCACACGAAUUAUUCAUUGUGUAAUAAUUGAUCGUUUGCUCUCUCCUCGACUGGCUACUGCGAUUUUCUUUAUCAAAAUUGCAUUUUUUUUUUCUUUUCAAAAAAUAAAAUAAUACUCAAAUACCUACUUACCCAUUAAUUCUCUAGACUUGACGCGUGGUCUCCGGACGUGCAGUAUUCCAAUUCUAAACAGGCCGAAAAGUUAAAAAAAAGAGAGCAAAAAAAGACAAACACUGACCAUUGAAAAAAUCUAAUGCGAAAAUUGGUGAAUAAUAAGAACGUAAAUUCGACGCUUAUAAUUUAAUAACAGACAAAUAAUAUAACAUGUAAUGUAUUGUAUUUGUAAUAUGGUAUUGUAACGCCAACCUCUAAAAUAAAACUACUCAUUUUUUUUUUUA